AUGAGCAACAUGUCGACUCACUCCAAUAUGGAGCGCUUGGAGCCCGUCGAAUUGCCCGUUCAGAGAUCGACCAUCGGCCGCAAGUUCCGUGGCAUGUGGAAAGCUGUCGAUCGCUUCGACAAGACAAUCUCGUCGUCUACUUUCGGUCGCAUCUUCAGACUCGAGGGAAGCGGUCAUUCCAAAGAGAUACCCGAUUCAUCCUUCUUGCGGGAGAUUCGCGCAGGCGUCACAACCUUUGCGACCAUGGCCUACAUCAUCGCCGUGAAUGCAAUCAUUCUCUCGCAGACGGGCGGCACUUGCGAAUGCGACUUGGAGAACCGAGCCGAAUGCGAUUCCAUUCUCGCCUACAAGGCGUGCAAAGAGAAUGUCCGACUCGAUUUGAUCACCGCAACCGCAGCCAUUGCCGGGCUCUCCAGCUUCGUCUUCGGGUUCUUCACUAACCUGCCAGUGGCGCUCGCUCCCGGGAUGGGCCUCAACGCCUACUUUGCCUUUCAAGUGGUCGGCCCCAACGGUUCGGGUGCCAUCCCGUACCGGGUAGCCCUCACGGCAGUCUUUGUAGAGGGUCUCAUUUUCAUCUUUCUCGCUCUCACCGGAAUGCGUCAGUGGCUCGUCAAGCUCAUCCCCGCAACCAUCAAGACGGCAACCGGAGUCGGUAUUGGUUUCUUCCUGACAGAAAUUGGACUUUCUUACUCGGCGGGGAUCGGUGCCAUCACAGGAGGCUGGAAGUCUACCCCUCUCGCCAUCGCUGGCUGUCCUGUCGAGAUGAUCGAUCCUGAGACCCAGAUGUGCGCUGGUGGCAUCAUGUCAAGCCCAAAGAUGUGGACUGCCAUUUUCGCCGGCGGUGUUGUCACGGCCUACUUGAUGUCGUUCCGAGUCAAAUAUGCACUCAUCAUGGGUAUUGCCUUGGUGUCGAUCUUGUCAUGGCCACGUAAUACGUCCAUUACGUACUUUCCCUACAACGAGGAGGGCGACAACCGUUACAACUUCUUCAAGAAAGUCGUUACCUUCCAUCCAAUCGAGCGCACUCUCAACGUCCUGGACUGGGACGUGUCCAAGAACGGAUCACAAUUCGCCCUUGCCCUCUUUACUUUUCUCUAUGUCGACAUUAUUGAUGCCACGGCCACUCUGUACUCGAUGGUCCGCUUCUGCGGUGUUGUUGACCCCAAAGAUGGCGAUUUCCCUCGUUCCACGAUUGCAUAUUGCUGCGAUGCGGCAUGCAUUUCUAUCGGCUCACUGAUGGGAUGCUCUCCUGUGACAGCCUUCAUCGAGAGCGGCGCGGGUAUCGCGGAGGGCGGUCGCACCGGAUUGACAUCUAUGACCACCGGACUCUGCUUCCUCGUCUCCAUCUUCUUCUCCCCUAUCUUUGCGUCAAUCCCGCCCUGGGCAACCGGCUGCACGCUUGUUCUAGUCGGCUGCAUGAUGAUCCGCCAGAUCACCCAGAUCAACUGGCGAUACAUUGGCGAUGUUCUUCCUUCAUUCGUUGUCAUGACCUUCAUUCCGUUCUCCUACAGUGUCGCCUACGGCCUCAUUGCAGGCGUCUUCGUGUACACCGUUCUCAACGGUCUUAUUGCCCUGACUGUCUGGCUUUCCGGAGGCAGGCUCGAGCCUCGCGAAUACGACGCUAAGGAGUACUGGUCCUGGAGAGGCUCUGGCAAGAAGCCUUGGUUCGUUCGUGCCGUUCGUACCAGCUGCUUCAGCAACGGUGACCAUGACAGCAAGCGGCAGUUCAACAUGCAGGACGACCACGAGAGCUCUUACGCUCCGGGCUCGCGUAUGGGUUCAUCGGACCACAAGGAGGACGGUGUUCACAUGGUGACGAUUCCACAGCGGCAGCCGCUGCCUCACCCUGCAGAGACGCGGUGUUACUACGACCAAUCAAUUUCACAAAUCACCUCCCACGCCAGCACGAUGAGUGGUGGAUGGAAUACCAUCGAGUCCGAUGCAGGCGUCUUCACCUAUCUGCUCGAGAACCUCGGUGUCAAGGGCGUCCAGUUUGAGGAGCUUCUGACACUUUCCCCUGACGAGCUCGCUCCACUGCAACCCAUAUACGGCAUCAUCUUCCUCUUCCGCUAUCCCUCCGAGGGUCUCCCCACGCGACCACAGGAGUCCUACGACCGCGACGCCGCUGAAAGCCUCUUCUUCGCCCAACAGACGAUUCAGAAUGCAUGCGGCACACAAGCGCUUCUCAGCGUUGUCCUCAACAAGCCAGACGAGGUCGACAUUGGCGAGAAGCUCUCGGAGUUCCGUGAUUUCACUAUGGUUCUGCCACCUGAAUUCCGCGGCGAGGCUCUCAGCAAUUCGGAUCUGAUCCGCGAAGUGCAUAACAGUUUUGCCAAAAGCAGCCCCUUCGUUGACGAGACGCAGAAGACGGGCGAAGCCGAGGAUGCCUUCCACUUCAUCGCCUAUACACCCAUCAACGGCAAGCUCUACGAGCUGGACGGUCUACAGCCCGCCCCCAUCUCGCACGGCGCCUGCACGACCGACGAGUUUCCGAGCAAGGUGACGCAGGUGCUGCAGGACCGCAUGCUCACGUACGCCAGUUCCGAGAUCCGUUUCAAUGUGCUGGCCAUGGUGCGCGACCCGCGGAUCGCCGCAAAAGAGAUUGGCGACGCCGAGACGCUCGAGCGCGAAAACGAGAAGCGCCGCAAUUGGCGGUUUGAGAACGCUUUGCGCCGGCACAACUUCGUCGGCUUCGCUGGCGAGGUGCUCAAGGGUGUUGUGGCCCAGAAGGUCUCGAGCGGAGAUGCGGCGUUCGAGGCGUGGAUCAAAGAAGGCCUUGAGCGUAGAAAGAGAGACGAGGACGCGGUGAGGCUGAGGCGGAAGAUGGCGGGUGGCGGUGGUGACGAUGACGAGGAUAUGAUCGGCUAA